AUGGCUACUCAACACUGUCGCGAUUCAUUGCCUCCGAGGCCUCGUCUUCUUAAACAUAGUCCGUAUUUCGAACUAACAUCCAUUAUUCAUCCAGCAUUAGCAGCCAUCGACAUUAAAGAUUGGUCAUAUGAACGUUUUGUUUCGCAAAUUAUUGUUUCGAAGAUUCGUGUCAACUCCGUUGAGGAUGUGGAGCAGCUUUGGCUUAGAUCAUUGAAGGUCGUAAAUUCAAGAAAGGAAAUUCCCACAAAUUAUAGAAGCUUUAUCAAAGAGUUGAUUGAAUAUCAGGCUUCUGAGCAGUUGAGCGAUACUACGAUGAUUGCUUUAAAUCGAUAUAUCAAGAUCAGUGCACAGUGCCAAGUGAUUUCCUCAGUUAGAGACAUUCAGCAGCAAAGAGAGCAGCAUACAAGAGAAACGUUUGUCUCUGAACAAGUGACAGAUCUUCUGGACAGCACCAGUAAUGACGCCUACACAGGGCGCGGCGUGAAGCGCAAAGCUGAUAUGUGUUAUGGCGGUGACCAAAAUUCACCAACUGUCAUGAUGCUCAGAAGGAGGGAAGAGAUCAACCAUGCGAUACCGGAUGAGACCCCGACAACGUCAUCGACGGGUUCUUUGUAUGUACCGUCCUCCGCUGAUUCCGUUAGCAGUGACGAAUCCGUUCAAAAAGGCAAACGGUAUUAUCUGGACUAUUUUGUCGGACCGGGUUUGGUAUCAUGGGACCUCAAAGAAAGUUCGGCUAGAUGGUUCGUCAAAGGUGCCGACAUAUCGGAGAAGUGUCUUAUGUAUCGAAAUGCGGUGAUUGACAGUUGCAAGACGAAAUCAACUAUUUUGACGUCCAGCGAGGAACUGGCUUUAAGUCAUAUUUUUUUAUUUCACGAAGACGAUCCCAACGGUCUCCGGGAGUACUUCGACCUUGAAUUAUGGGAAAGUCUCUUUGCAGAGUUUCGGACUCUUUACGCUCAUGAGGCAAUUCCCAGCAGUGUUUUGGAAAUUUUUACGAACAUUUCCAAGAUUGCAUGCGAUGUACCCAAUCACAAUGAGCGUAAAAUGGCUGUGAAGGAAUACUUGCAACGUUUGGAAAUCGAUGACAAAGAUGACAAAGUAAUGGAAGAGGUCAUUAGGAACAUCAUUGAGAAUGAGCAGUCAUCAUUCACUACAUGUGAUAACGAAGAUACCCAUGCUCACAAGAACGUCGCUCCGGUAGUGGAGCCAUUUUUUAAGGACAAAAAAACCUGCUUCGAUUGGGCUAACCGAAUGUCAGAAUCGUCCGCGAUAGCAAAAAAACGGUUUGAUCCUGUCCUUAUGGGUGUAAAACCCGAUUUCACCGUCAGGACAACCAACCCCAAAAAGCAUGUCGAACUGCUAAUCGGGGAAAUAAAGCCCCCGAAAGUACGAGAUGCUCUCUCUGCGGUAGAUCUGGUAUAUCUGGGUAAAACGAUGAAGAAUGCCUUGGACAAAUCAAUCGGAGAUGGCGUCGACGAUCUCGUCAUCUGCGGCAUACAGAUAAUAGGCAGAGCAUAUGUGAUGGACCUCAGAUUUGAUGGGAUUUAUCGUAUGAUUCUCAUUGGAGAAUUCGAGCUUCCAAAAGCAGCCACGUCUUGGUGCACUAUUUUGGGAUGCUACCGGGUCCUAGCCACAAUUAGGGACAUCGUCAAUGAAGAGGCGGCUCACUAUCAAUUAGUCACAAGAAGUCAGAUAGAUGAGAUGGCAUCCAAGAAAGUAAAAUGGACCAAGCCACAAUUCCACAGUCCAAUGAAGAUACCGUAUAACAAUGGACGGCAUCAUAUGAAGAAAAUUUACGUGAGCCUUUAG